AUGGGGCCCCCGGGCAAUAGGGGAUCAUGGGGCCCCUGUGUCCUUGCCCAAACUCAAAAAAGCCUAUGAAAAAGGUACCGGGGCAUCUCAUGGGGCCCCCUACUGACCCCGGGCCCUCAGGCAGUGCCCGAGUUUCCAAAUGGUCAGUCCGCCCCUGGUCUCUACCCACCACCCGUCCAUUUACCUAUAUGAGGGGGGGCUCGGGUAACAGUUGGUGGAAUAUUUAGUAGCCAGGAAAUGUGUCACGGAUGUGGACACAGUCCCACUGCAUGGGAGAACUUU